UGCGUUGUGUUGUGUUCAGUUACAGUCAGAGACCCUUGAGAGCGAAGCAAAGCCACAGAGGAUCCUUCUUCGCCCCUCCUUCUCGUGUACUGGCAUUGGCAGCUAAACCCAUCAUCAUCGUUUAUCUUUUCAAUGAAGGUCAAGGGAGGGCAUACAUUCAACGACGAUUUUGAGCGAGAUUAGCCCAUGAGACUCUCAGAGCCUGAGCAUGAAUCAGGGGAGCGGUGCUUGUUUGUGGACCUCAGUGCCUCAGCACUGCCCCGCACCAUGUGAUCGUUACAAGCAUGCGUCUUGUGCCCACAGAGGCCAUGUUUACAUACUAGGUGGCAGAGAAACAUGCUUACUGAGAGAUUUUUGGAAAUAUAAUGUGGUCUGUGACAAGUGGGCCAAGCUUCCCUGUGAUAGUGAAGAAGCACCUGAAGAACUGGAGGAGCACACAAUGGUAGCAUAUCAGGGAUUUCUGUAUGUCUUUGGAGGAAUGCAAGAUUCAUCAUAUACUAACUCAAAAAUGCCUCUUUGGGUGUUUGAUACAGUAAAAGAGUGCUGGAUUAACUGGAAAACAAGGAGUGAAACUUUACAGGGAGAGACACCAGCAAACAGAAAAGGGCACAGUGCUGUCAUUUUUGGGUCAUCUAUGUAUGUCUACGGUGGAUACAUUGAUAUAAGAGGAUCAACAAAGGAAUUCUGGAAAUUUGAUUUUGGUCCUUCCAGGCUGGUUGGUCACUCUGCUGUAUUUUUUAAGGACAGCAUGCUCAUCUUUGGUGGUGGGGAAACCCAGAGCUCUCCUCAGAGCAGCUUGUGGAGGUUCAACCUGACAACAAAAACCUGGAAGAAGCUAGCAAUGUUGCCUGGAUCCCCCGCUCUGUGCCGGAUCCAUCACUGCAGCAUUGGCAUAGGCCAGAGUUUCCAGCCAACAUCACCAAACGGCAUUUAUUUAAGAAAAAUACCCAACUCUCACAACAUCUAUAACAAGCUAAGACCAUUUAAGAACAAGUGCCAACCAUCCCGCCCCACUUUGCAAGAGCCCUGUAUUGAGCUCCAGACUUUCCACAUGGACAAAAAUAAGUAUUUACCAGAUUUAAGUAUUGCAGUGAAAGACACUAAGCUGAAAGGAACCUGUCUCACCCAGGAGGCUAUUAGCGAGAAGCUGAAUAGUGGUGACCUGGCAGAGGAAACCGAGGACGCCAUGUUUCUCCAUAUGCCUGACUUGCUGUUAGUCCUGGGUGGUAAACCUCUACAAGGACACCAUGCGAUUUCAGUGUGGCAUAUGACAAUGGCAUAAAUCUGUUGUUUUUAGUGCAUUCAACUUUCUCUGUGAGAAAUGAAUGUGCCUUAGCAACAAUACCUAUAUCCUGUACCUAUACCUUUUAUUAACUACCAAUACCUAUAUUUUCACAGUGUCUGUAAUUAUUACAUUGACUCUGAGAAACCACGAUUACUCUGAAAAGCACCAACUAGGGCUUUUAUC